AAUCAGUGUUUGAUUGCGAAGCUUGUUCAGGUGCAUCAUUUACAUACAAGCACAAUUUCUUAUAAAUUAUUAGAUUUACUUGGGAUAAGUUGCCUUUAAACUGUUUUUUGAAUGUCCCACUGAUAGCACAAAUGGAUCAGAACAUUUUAGUGAUAUUAUUAUUAGGAAUUAUCUGUGCCGUCGCCGCUCAGGAUACCAAAUGCAUAAUUCCGAAGGUCCUUCAAGGAACCUGGUUUAGCUGGGAGACAGGCCAACCUACGACAACCACAAUCGAUGCCUGGUCAUACCAGCGAGCAGGUUCGAGACUAGAGUGUUUAGACAGUACGCGGAAUGGCUCGGAUCAUACCUUUAUCUUCAAGGGCACCGCCGACUGCUUCGCAUGUGUCAAAGCGUUUCCGCGUACGCUGAACGUGUUCGAAAAGUUUGAAGUUGCUUGUGUAACUCUAGGGAAAAAUGAAAGACCAACUAUUGAACGAGUUUGCCGUGGGCUACGACGCGAUCAACAGUUAAUCACGUUGUUCAAUAAGAAUUUUGUUCCUAUCACCUGUCGAUCUUCGCUUGAAGGAGUAUGGCAAUUCGCCUAUCAGAACCGAUUCCGUUUUACUGGCGAGUGCGACAGCCAAGAUGCUCGUAUUCAGUCGUGUCAAACUCCGGGUACGCAAUUUUUGAUUCAAAAUCAAAAAUUCAACAUCACUUAUCGUCAAUGUCAGGGAAUGGACGGAACGUUUAACGGUGUGGUGGAAUUCAGUUGCCUGGGAGACUGGUUUAUCGGCAAGAAUCAUUACUUCGCUGUUGUAAACACCAAGGAAUCUCGCGAGGAUGAGAAAUAUCGUUGCUUCCUGAAAAAUCGAGAUGAUGAUUUGUACAUAGGUGCAUCGAUUACAGCGGAAUGUAACACAUUAAAAACGGUGGAAAAAUCUCCUGAGCGUUAUCGAGUUACACCGGUGAAAUCGGAAGUUGUCGAGCCGGGUUGCAGAUUUCCACAAAAUUUCACCGGCGAUUGGAUUAACACGGCUAAUGUCGAUGCUGAAGUGAUGAUUAACGAGACACACAUUAUAGAAACAUACUAUCCGGAUAGGGCACGUUAUCGUAGAACGGUUUAUGUAUGCCGAGAGCAGCGUGAUACUAGGAUUAUGAUGGCUCGUUUAACCGUCGAUGGAUGUCAAAAGGAUUUUGUUUGCUUCGACUUUAUUCCACGACACCACAAUAUUAUCCGAUAUCGAAGAGGACUAGCGGUCAUUAAGGACGAUUUCAGUACGGUCUGCUCGUGGGUACAAUUUCCGAACAAGGAAGAGUGGCGCUACGACCUGUUUCUGGCAGCGAAACCCGUUCCUGUUCGCUGUCCCGUUGCUGGCAAGUUUAAUUUCACUCAGAAAGGAGAAUCGCCGUUCAAAACGAGAAUUCUGGGUGGUGUAACACUCAGUCCUCGGCCUGAUAUUCGCUGCAAGCAAAACAUAUCGGAUUUUUCAGUUUGCGAUACUGACCAGAAGGAAAUGGCUGUUGAUGCUGAUUACUGUCUGUCCGUCGACCAUCUCGGUCGUCCGGUGGAUAUUUACAGCGAUCCCGAUUAUCGCAUGAAAUGUAUUGGCUAUUGGCAGGAGAAUCUGAAAUCAUAUCUUGUCACCUAUGACGACCUUGAUCCGCUGUCCAAGUAUCGUUGCUGGGUUUACCAACGAGCGGAUCUGAAUCGAGUUCUGAUGUCGCAGGCGGUAGGUGCAUUCUGUCACGUGAAGCAGGAUGUCACCUCGUGGAACUACACAGAAGGGGCGGUAGUUGCUAUUGAUAUGACCGAAUACGAGCGUGAGCGUGAUCAGUGUCCAAUGCAUUUCGACGACGGCUCCGAUCCUUGGCAGGGGACAGAAAAUUACAUUAAGGUAUUUCCGUGGUUGAUCUACCGGAGUGCCACCAACACCAUUGGGGCCUCCAUGAACGCGUUCGUGCUCUCACUGGCAGCAUUGUUGCUAAAGUUACUGUACUAGGGAAGCAGUAUUCAAUGUUUUAGCAAUUUUUAAUAAUAAGACAAAAGUAAUUCUCAUGUCCAGGAAAUUCAUCCGUCCAGAAUUUUUACUUUUCGAAGGAUAGUUGUACACUUAUGUGCCUUUUAAAUGUAAUGCAUGUUCUAGGGUAUCACGUAAUUAGGCACCUCAUUGACCAUUCAGCAUUAAGUCGACUAAGUCCGUUGUAAGGUUAUUGAACCUCUGCAAUAUAAUAAACUUAACGAUUUAGUUUAAAUAAAUUGUUCCAUUCCAAACAAAA